UUUUAUCGAUGAACACUCGCCGAACUUUCAUUUACUCAAGUUACAUCGGAGGAAUAGCGAGCGCGAACGGUAGACCACGGUAGACGACGAUUCAACGGUCCGCUUGCCGCAUCUCGAGACGCACGCUCCGAGAAACGAAGACGACGUCCCGCGGCGUCUGCGGAAUCGAAAGGUUUGAUCGCGAGGCCGUAGCGCCGCUUAAUCGCGCGGAGAACAAUCACGCACGUCGCCCCGUGGCACACGUACCGGCGGCUCGAACGAUACUGCGGCGCACGGAAAGUUUUUCUGACCUUAGCGCGCAGCGGUCGCGGCGGCUCUCGAGACAAAAACAAGUGACGUUCGGCUGCGGCGCGGCGGCUCGAGACAAACGAGCGGCGAGCCGCGCCGCAGUUAGACGUGCGUCGCGUAAUCCCUCGAACUGCCGUACGAGCGGCACGGGACGAUACGUGCGUUCGUGCGAUCGACGUCGUCUUCGUUUCUCGGAGCGUGCACUUGGAGCUACGGGAAGCUAUUCCUCCGAUCUAACUUGAGCAGAGGAAUUGUUUAUCGACAGACAUGUGAAUUUAAGUGCGCGUUUAUACGAGAUACAUUUCGCGAGUGACAUCGAAGUGAUAUUCACGUCGCGUCGCCGACUUGACGCGCGCUGCUGACUUGACUCGCGUAGUAUCGCGCAGUAGCGCGGGGGCAGCCGGGUACGGCGCCAUGUUGGUCUGUUCGAGAAGCAUCGCGGAGCGUCGCGGGCACGCAGCGGGCCGGUAUCCCGCGCCGAGACGGACGUCGCGACGCUUUCCAGGACGGCGGUGAGUUUGUCGCCGAUCAAGUCGAGCGAUCGCGGCUAUAGAUUACACGACGCUCGCGCGUCGGCGGUCCACCGAGACGCGUGAAUCUCGCGAGUAACCCCGGUCGUAAUCUUCGGCGCGGCGGGUAUACCGAGCUCCGAACUUUGACUCGCGUCUCUUCGCGCGUGUUGAGAUACUCGUGUUUUCCACGCGUGACGCGCGGCGAGAAGAAAUGUCGGCGCGAGAACGCUCGCGUUCGGUUGCGAGACGCGCCGAGUCUCGCGUAUCUCCGAGUCCUCGCCGGGACGUUCCCGCCAUUCCGCGCGACGCCAUCGUGCCGGCUCGUACUUCUUUUCCUCGCGUCGGUUAACGCCGGGAGUGCCGUGUCGCGCGUUGCCUCGAUAUAAUCAGCGCCUCUUUCGCGAGGGCCGCGUUGUGCCGAUUGCCGAUGGAGGAAGCUGAGAGGAAGCGGCGGCGGUCCGGCAGGCAUCGGGCGACGGCGCAGCAACCCUCCGGAUGGCCUGAGCCUCGGAGCAAAUCUUCCAUGGACCGCUCACGAAAAUCGGGAGAUGACUCGCCGCCGCCGUGCAUCUUUUCCGGACUUCCGCGUCGACGAGGUCGCCGGCGAUCCGCCGUGAUCAGGCUGGAUCUGAGAUCGAUUCUAGCCCUGAUGAUGCUGAGCACGGCCGGCGUCUCGUCCUCCCAUAUGCCCGACAAGUAUCCCAUAGAAGUGUAUCACAUGUUACAAGAACGAACGCUGUUCGGUAUCAACCAUGACAACAGGAUAAGAGGGACUUGGGGUACGUGGAGCUCUUGGAGCGAGUGUUCCAGAUCUUGCGGCACUGGUAUCCAGUCUCAAUUUCGAGAAUGCGUACCUCUACGGAGACUUUUGAGAAGGCGAAGUAUUAUCUCGGAGAACGGUACGAGCAACGCCAGGCCCAUUUGUAUCGGCACAUACAAGCGCUACCACACGUGCAAUACGCAGGAAUGCCCGAACUUCCCGGAAGACUUGCGGGCGGAACAGUGCGCCAAGUACAACGGGCGGAACUACAAGGGCCGCAGUUACGUCUGGGUGCCCUUCGUAGACGCGCCGAACUCCUGCGCGCUCAAUUGCCGUGCAGUCGGCGAGCGUUUUUACGCAACGCUUGAACCGGCAGUAAUGGACGGCACGCCCUGCGACGCCCCGAAUCUUCGCGGACGAAGCGGCGGCGGGUUGCCGACGGAACGCAACGGCGAACGAUGGCUCUGCGUCGCCGGACAAUGCAAGCCCGUAGGAUGCGACGGGGUGGUGGGUUCCGGUGCGACGAUGGACGCCUGCGGCGUGUGCGGCGGCCAAGGCAAAGGAUGCAGAUUGUUCGAGGGCAUCUUCAUGGAGCCGAUUCUGUCCAAGGGUCACCAGCAGGUGACCAUGAUCCCGAAGGGCGCCAUGUCGCUCAACGUCUCCGAGCUCCGGUUCAGCAGUAAUUUUCUAGCGUUGAGAGACAGUAACGGCAGUUACAUCCUAAACGGACCGUGGUCUUACAGUCCCAGUGGUACUUAUAAAGCGGCUGGUACGACAUUAACAUACCAGAGGGGCGAUAGGAACCGUAUGGAGUGUAUCUUGGCGACCGGGCCGUUGAACGAGUCUCUGCAUUUAGAGAUCUUAUCCGUGGAGUUAAAUCCGGGCGUUUUGUACAAGUACAUGCUACCUAUGAGGGAAGUGCCGGACGAUAAGGCGGUAAUUGCACCGCCGCUGCUUGUCGCAGGAGCGAAUGAUCGGGGCAACGAGAUACCUAGUCCAGAUACUCACGUGACCGUACGCGUACCCGUUACAAGAACAUCGGAUCGGCGAGGCGAUUUAUCUUCGACGCGUCGCGAUCGUGAUCCGCCGCCGCGCGCGCACGACGGCGGACGGAAGGAAGAGAUGAAGCAUCCACCGACCACGGUGAUGGCGGGCGAUCAGCCAAAGUCAAAGGCGACGAGGAGGAAGAAGAGGAGGAAGUUCGCCUGGAAAAUAGUCGGCCUCUCUCCCUGCACGAAGGAAUGCGGGGGAGGCAUGCGGACGACGAUCCUGAAGUGCAUCCGCGAGAGCAAUCAGGCACCGGUCAUCGAGAAACGCUGUCGCAACGUGGAAAAGCCGAAGCAUCCUCCUCCGCUGCGAUGCAACGAUCAUCCUUGCGCCGCCAGGUGGCGGGCCGAGCCGUGGAGCGAGUGCUCGGUGACCUGCGGGGUCGGCACCAGGACGCGAAAACUCGAGUGCGUCCAGGAGCUGAACGCGCGAUUGACAAUGCGCGUCGCCGCUGGCGCGUGCAUGCGGCCACCAGAUCUGAGCACCACGGAAACCUGCAGCCGGCCGGCGUGUCCCAACGUGGGCCCGGAAUUGAGACACAUGCCUUCGCAGCACGACGCGCCCAGGUGGGACGUGGGCGCUUGGAGUCCGUGUUCGGUGACGUGCGGCCACGGAACUCGAAAUCGAACGGUGACCUGUAUAACGUCCGGGGGGUCCUGUUCGUUAACCAGUAAGCCGGAAUCCCAAAAACCGUGCGAGGUAGCGGCGUGCGGCGCGGCGACAGACACGGGCCAUCACGCGCCUUGGUUGUACUCGGAAUGGUCUUCGAAGUGCUCCGCAGAAUGUGGAAAAGGCGUAAAGAUCAGACGAGUGGCGUGCGCCGACGGUAGCGAGUUAUUUUGCAAUCCCAAAGAGAGACCGGACACGGAGACGCAUUGCUUCGGACAAGCGACGAGCUGCGACCGAGCCAAGUGGUUCGCCAGUCCAUGGACUUCCUGUUCAGUUUCGUGCGGCGUUGGCGUGCAGUACCGAGACAUCGCUUGCAUAACCAGAAUAAAUGACGACUUCGUCGUGUUAGCCGCGAAAAACUGCAGCGAUCCCAAACCAGCGACUGAGCAAGCCUGCAGGAUGUCCGCGUGUUCGCCGGAAUGGUUCACCUCAGACUGGUCGACGUGUUCCGCGACAUGUGGGGCCGGGACGCAGACACGGCUUGUGCGGUGCGUCGUAGAAGGUAUUAGCAGUACCAGUUGCUCGGAAAUGGAGAAACCAAGCGCGGAACAACGAUGUAACGUGGAGCCGUGUAAGAAGGAAGUGUCAGCGCCGAGCAAACCACCGAAAAAGGUGCACGAGUCGUCCGAGUGCGUGGACAAGUACCCGAAUUGCGAUUUAGUGAUAAAGAAUGAUCUAUGUCGGAUUAAAUAUUACAAGCAUUCGUGUUGCCAAUGUCGUUAGUAGCUGGGACAGCAGCUUUGCGUUCGUCCGCGAUUUUGCGGCUGGCGAGCGCGACCGUUGAAUAAAAGUACAGAUAUAUCGGAAAGGGCAAAUUAUGCCGAGCGUAAGACUGCUACAAAGAGAGAUGACCACGUAUAUAUAUAUAUAUAAUUUUAUUUAUAUUACGCGACGCGACACACGAAUCACACGUGUCUUAGUCGUGCUUUCUUCUGCCGAAUGUAGCAUAAUUCUCGCGGAGCGGCAGAAUUCUCUUCCCUCCUCUAUCUAUCGAUGAAUGUUCAGAACGAGGGAUUUGUUUCUUCUUGAUGAUUCGAUUGCGAGUAAAUUUUCGACGAAACAUCAGCCCAGAAGCAAAAUAAGAUAACCAAAUAAGAGGUAAAUAGAAUAACAAAUUUCAGGAGGGGAUGAUAUGCAGGUAAGAAAAGAAAUUAAGAUGCGCUUUUAUCUGUGCGAGUUAUGAAUCAAGAUUUCUACGAAAAAGGCUCGUUCUCGAAGAAUCCCGAUUUUUCUGGGAACCGUGAAGGGAUUCGUCACGUAUUGUCAGGGUUUUGUGUGCAAUAAAUAUAUCGCGACGUGCGUACCUUUGUAUGGCACAAUCACACGACUUUACAUUGCGUGUGCGUGCGAGGCGAUGUCUGUUAUCGUCGCGGACAGGUGUGGAUCAGUAAUUUUAUCAAUUUGGGAUAGCGGCACCUAUUCAAAUACUACUUUCGGCCCUGGCCCUUUUUACGCGAUCUCAAUUUUUAUGUUUUUUAUCAAACGUUUAACGUAUUCAAGUCGAAAGAACGUGCGGCGAUCUCAUUAUGUCACAAAGGCCUACAGGAAAAAAAGGAUAGGAAAACUUCGUAUUUUCAGCUUCGUUUAAUGUCGUAUUAGACGAUAAAGUUUAAUAAGAUAAACAGCUCUGUCUCGGAGUUUAUUUCCUUAACAUACAGAUCGAGUUUCAACGCUGAAUAUUUGCAUUUAAUUAUAAACGUGGCAAUACUUUUUUAUUUAAUAAAGCACAUCUUUUUCAAUUUAGUAUAUGGAAAAAACUUCUUUGAAGUUUAGUUAAUGAUAUACAUACGCAUAUUCAAUAACACUUGCUGCUUAUUAUUUUAUUUCUGAAACAGCAGUAAAGCCAAAAAAUAGUAUACGCUAAAGUGUCUCGAUAUUAACGUGUCGUUAAUUUCAUUAUCGACACGUAUAUGAAGAAAGAAUGAGAUUUUUCAUGUAUUUUUAAUUUUAUUUUUACACGUAAUGAAUAUUGCCCGAUUAGACCGGAAAAAUGAUAUUUUUCAAAACGAUUACAAGAGAUUGCGUAGAUAUCUAAUUAUAUUUCUGAAUAAAACGAGCCUUCCUGAAACGAGAUGAAAAGUCUCGGCUCUGGAAUCAACGGUGGAAAUAAUGUUUUAAGAGGAGCUCAGUGCGUAAACUUGUGUUGCACAGACCAAAAAAUUCGUGGCCCGAUGAUCGGUUUUCCCUCUCCCUUGCGUUCCUGGGGAAAAGCACCCUUUCACAAAAACGUAAAAAGUAUUCCUCCGAAAUUCGACAUUUCAUCCGACAACCAUUUAACGUGGAAACAACAAAUUUACAGUGCAAAGUUAAUAAAAGAAUCGCCGACUCUAUGUCGAGUCGAUAAUUCUUUCUUUCUAAAUGUUUUUCUGUUAGUUGGUAACUGCUCGUUUAAAAGUUGAUGUAAAAACUUGUAAGUUUUUACAAUCAAUCUGCGAAAACUGUGGGACAAGAAAUCUAUUUUCCAAAUGAAUUGCGAGCAAAUGUACGUGCCUCGGCGAAGGCAUUACGAAUGUUGAAACACAUAUGCGAUUCUCGUUCUGCACACGUCGUUAUGUAUCGAGUAAACUUACUCGGAUAGGCGUGAUAAUAUAUACAGUAACGUAACUGGGUAUACGCUUGUAUAUGUAGAAUAUAUGAAGUCGUCGUUAGAUGAUAAAUAUAUGUAUUAUUGUAUAUUUCGAUGUCAAGAUAAAACAAGUUAGAGUCUUCGACCCAUAUCGCUAUCACGUAUUAGUUCGAUGAACUCGUGUUUAAUUGCGCCGUUAAGAACAGAGCUGUACGUAUUAAUUAAUUAUCUGUGUCAAUUGAGUUUUUUUGGUUCUGCCAGCUCCAUCGAAUUAUUCGGAUGCUUUCUGUCGGAUAGUAUUCCUUUAGCAUAACUCAGAUUUUCUAUUUUUACAGCAAUUACAAGUUAUUUACACAAGCCUCGUUUAUUUCAUUUCUUGUUAUCAACUGUUCAUCGGUUCAUUCGAUUUCGUUGUGCACCAGGUAAGUGCGUUUGUUUAUUUAUUUUCUUCUUGAUUAUUUGUUUGACACAUUCGUGUUAUCAAAUUAUUUGUAAACUUGCUACUACAUAAAUCUGUUUUAUAUAAAUCCUGUGAGAGUGUAGAAUAUUGCACAAUGUUAGAAAUUUCCAACUAUAUUAAAUAUGGAAUUUAUAUUUUAUAUUACCUAACGAAUGUGUUAAAUUUAUAUUCUAUUUAUAUUAUGUCUAUUUUUCUCAAUCACGAAUGACUAUUUGUUCACAUCCCUUUUAUUGUAUCCUAACAUUACGUUUUUAUUUCUCAAACAUCUCUUUUUUUAUUAUUACAAUAUUUUCUAAGUGUUACUAAAAUAUUCACCAAACUUUAUCAAUACAAGUUGAAUUUAAGAAAGUGUCUUUUCACUUUUUCACAUUCUUUCUGAAUUAGCUCUUUAAACUUUCAAGUAUAUAUAAAUGGAUUUUUUAGCAGAGUUUAAUUGGUAAAGUUCGGUUAAAUAUUUUGCAAAACCUUGUAUAAAAAAAGUUCCUUGACAGAUCGUUAUAUUGUACUACGAAAUUUAGUAGCUUCAAUUACAGAAACUUCCUCGGCUGAAUGUUAAUUAUAAGCGUCGGUGUUUUUUAGCAAAACAAAAUCGGUGGCAUAUGAAAAUAUAACGACAUUAUGUGCGAUGAAUCUUUAAAUUGGACAUUAUUGAAUAAUGCAACGAAAACAAGGCUAAAACAGCAGGUCAGUGAAAAAUUGAGAUAAUACGUUGCGAAUGUAUAAACGCGACUGUUUAUUGAGUAACUGUCGAAUAUUAAGUGUCAAUGGCUGUGAUGUAAUCGAUGUCCGACUAAGUCGUUAUUGUUAACUUUGAUUGAAGAUUGCAAUUGCAACUCGAAAAUUGCAUUUAUUUUUCAACGCAAAACUGUCUUAAAGUAUUCGCUCUCUUAAACGUUCUAUAAAUAUUUAAGAGAUUAAGUAAAAAAUCUUAAACAUUUAUAGAACUUAAAAGUUUAUCUACAAUCUACGUGUACUAUAAAAGCAAGCGAAACCGAAUAACACCGCUUUAGGAAUAUUAUUUAAUGAACAUGAGAGGUAUAAAUUUUACAGGAAUUACACGACAGGUAAAGUUAUGACAAAGUAUUACCACUUGUGUCAUAAAUUUUGUUGAUUGAUUAACUGAUAUAGCAAUUGGUUGAAUGGUUGAGCAAGAUAAAUAACAAGUACUUGAUUACAACGAGUAAUUCUUUAGCCGCGUACGUUUUAAGCGUGAGUUUCAAAAUUAUUUUUAACGUGCGAAGAAGUAAUUUAUUUUUGAGACAGCGCGCUGUACAGUAUCGUUAACAUUAAGAAGUGCGAGGGUGCAUGUAGUAGGCACCAUCGCGAUCCUUUAUCGAGACAAAACGUCCACUAUUGUCCAUAAUUAUGUGCUCUGUGUCGUCGCAAACCUGUGUAUUAAUCGCAUAGCUCGACUAUCGCGAGUGUGAUCUCGUCAAGGACUGUGAUACAAUCAGUAGUCUGCAGGAAUGAAGUACAACGAACGAUAACGAAUAGUUAAUGAUCAGGUACAAUAGGCCAGCUGCUGAGAGAAACCAAAGUCGUCUGGCGCUUUGUAAAAUUGCUUCCGUGUCUCACCCGUAGUGUAAUAAAAUCCUUAAUCGAGAACAAUCGUUAUCGACAAUCACAUCACGAUCGCUGUAUACCUAUUCAAUCGCGAUAAAAUUAUUACGAUACGUAUUACAAACGAAAGUUAUUGCUUACGAACGCAGAAAGUUAGAAAUCGCAAACGCUUUGGUAACGAAGUUUCUAAACUAAUUGUUCUUUUCUUCCAUUUGCUAUUAACAGUGAAAAAUAAGACGUCUGUUCGUUUAAAGAAACAAACGAAAUUCAAUUGGAUAACCGAGAUUUGUCGUGAAUUUCUAAGGUAUUAAUCGAUCGAAGAUCAUUACUUAAUGAGACAAAUUUUAAAUCGAAUUAAAAUUGCGGUUGUCUUAUUAUCAACACAAUCGAGGCAGCAAAGUAGGUUUCUUCAGCUGAUUAUCUAAUUACCUGGCCACUUGCCAAUUGUAUUGAAUUUUCUUGGCCCUAUUAACAUCAAUAUCUCUUUGUAAAAGAUCUAUCCUUGUACAAAAUAACGAUUAAGCAGGAAAUCGGAUCUGUUCGAAACAGCGUAUAUGGUAAAAACAAGAAACAAAAAUGAAUGAAUGACAAUAUUUUUUCUUUCCAUAAAUCACAUCGAUCCGAAACCUUGUUCAAUCAAUUAUGUGCUAGUUUAAUAACGCAUUGUCUUUGCAACGAAGAGUGAAGAAUCGCACAGAAUCCGAUUUUCUGUAAUCUUGUAUAUGUAUACGAGCGAUUUCACGAAAAAUCUCAUAAACCACAAUUCUUUCGGAAUAAAAUAGCUCGUGUUUCUACGUAAAAUGCAUAGCUAAACGCGAAACGAAUUGCGAGAGAAACAGACUGAUAAGCGUACAUAUGUGUUACUUGUGUUUCACAUGUAACUAUAUGUUUGACGUUCGAGUGUUUUUGAUCAUUAGAUAUUAAUAAAGCGAAAGUCAGCAGACACCUGUCUUUGCUCAAAAAAAUUGAAACGACGAAUAGAUGGAUAUUAACUGGAAAUAAAGUAUUAUCAUUUUGGUCAUGUUAUUAUUAUGUAAUAUUAGCAUGAAAUAUUACUAAAACAUCUCUUUUAAAUAUAAAAUAUAUGGACAUUACAUAUGGGAUAAAAGUACAUAUAUGGAAUAAAAAUGUAUAUACAUACUUGCAUAAAUAUUAUCGUAACUUUCAUAUCGAGAAUAAAAUAGUCUUUUAUAAUACUAAUAUUACUUCUCUCAUGUUUUUAAUUCAUUUUAUAAGAGAUAAAAUGAAACAUCGUUAUUUUUAAUGUUUAUUAACAAUGUAACAAUGUAAAAACAUAUUGUUUUAAUUAAAUUAAUUGGCAUAGUCAUGUUUACAACAAACUAAGUCACCCUUGAAUUACAUAAUGCUUAAAUGAAUUUUUGCCUAUCUGUGCCGUUUAAAAUUAGACAGAUUGGCACGUGAGAGGUAGACAGAGGUGAGAGAAAAGAGAAACAAUCUUUGAUCUUGUCCAAGAAGGUAAUUCAAAAUUAGCUUUAAUUCCUUGUUAGGUUCCAUUACAAUAAUGUAAAAUUUCUGACUGUAUAUAAAACAAUUUAUAUAAAAAAAGAUAGUCGAUAUAUUUAAUUACAUUAAUUACAAAUGCUAUCAUUAUAUUUGAACGUUAGUCUAUGUCUUUUUUAAGUUCGGCAAGCUUUAUUAGUUAAGUACCCAAUUGUACCAACAGCCUUAUUCAUUUUAACUAGUAAUUGCCUGUUUCUAUUUAUGUCAAAGCUUCAAUUAUAGAGAU